UCGUAUAUAUGAGCUUAAAGCCCAUACGUGACGUAUGUAAACUAGUAUACGCGACAGAAAAACCCGCGUAUACCCUGUCGUAAUUUUGAAACGAAUGGCCAACCAUAGAAAUUAGUGCAUGAAACGGGAAACUCGGACAAGUAGGCCUUUAGUCAGAGAAGCCAAAUGGAAAGAUUUGGUUUUAAAAAGGGGUCAGCGAUUUGAAUAAAAGCCACAGGAAGAUGACUAGUCACCCGUAUGCGAUUCCCUUAGCGGGACGCAUUAGGAAGAAUAGCUGUGCAUAUUUACAGACAUAUGCUGAGAGCUAAAAUGCAAAUAUAAUUUUCCAUGGAUCAUUGCGAUUCAGGUGGCUUGUUUUGACAUCCAAUACAAUGCGAUUCUUGUGCUACACCAGAAGAAAAAUCACUCACACUGAACAGAUAGAAUAGAGAUCAGGAGCAUUAAACUUCUGAAGGCCGUAACUAUGAAGAUCAUCUGUGCAGGACUUCUAAAAACGGGUACUAAAUCAAUCGCCAAAGCCUUGCGGCACCUUGGAUAUACGGUGUUUGACUGGGAAGAGCAAACGUUUGACUUCCUGGAUCACUGGGUUGAUGUUUUUCAAAAUGGCGCCAAACCUGAUGUGAAGAGAGUCUACCAGAAUGCUGAUGCAUGCAUCGAUUUUCCUGGAAACUUCAUCUUCGAGGAAAUACUGGAAACUUUCCCUGACUGCAAAGUAAUUUUGAGCGAGAGAGAGGAAGGUUCGUGGAUAGAAAGUGCGGUGCGUCAGUUGGAUUCAGUAAACGCUCUACGAUCCGAGGUUGUGUCCAUGUUAUCCCCAACAGCGAGGAAAAUGGUGUACGUUUAUGAUCCGUUCCAUAAUGCGGCCAUUGGAUCUUGUAAUACGAAGUCCACCUAUGUUAUAAGAAAGCGAUGUCGUAUCCACAACCACCGUGUAAAGUCCAUUGUUCCCGCUGACAAGCUGUUAGUGUACAAUGUGAAACAAGGAUGGAAGCCAUUGUGUGAUUUCUUGGAGUGCAAGGUCCCAACCAUUGCCUUCCCACAUGAAAAUAUCAAAGCUGAAAUUACUAAUACGGUCAUGAUGACCAGGUAUGGCAAGCAGGUGAAUCGGGAAUUUCGUAAUGGUGUUUUGAAAAUCGGUUUAUUUCUUGUAGUAAUUGUAGGAGUAUUUCUUGCCACCUUUUUUAAUCACUGAGCAUAACCUCAGAAUAGUAACAGUGACAUCUUUGGAAACUUUUCCAAUCCCGCUGAUACUUAUAUUUUCUUUUUUUUGGUUUGUUUUGAGACUCAACUCGAUAGUUAUAUACUGCAUACAUUGAGAGAGGCCAAGUAAGUAAUUUUGUUUGGUAUUUUCAAGUUCGUGAAGAAGACUGUCUAAAAACUUUAAGGCUCAGAGUUAAAUAAAUCGAUAAUUUUUAAGAUCGCUUUUUUUGUAUGAACUUGAAACUUUUAGUUUUCCUUCGGCUUCAAACUGCAACUUAAACUGUUUUCGCCUUCAGUUAACAGAGAAUUAGCAGAGAAUUCUGUUCAGUACAGAUAAUCAGUCACCUUGAUAACCAGUUUAUAGCACGAUACUAUUGGUGGUGGUCGUCUGACCCACGUUGCUAAUCGAAUUUGCUCAACACGCCUUAAGUCUGUCUCUUGAG